AUGAAACGAUCGCGAGGUCUUCGAGACCGUCUGGGCUUACUUCUAACUCUAGGCGUCGAUAUUCUUGCUGGCUCACCUCCGAUCUCCGUCUCGAUUCAGGCAACAUGGCAGGAACCACCGAUGUUGAUUCAAGUCUUGGAAUCUGCUGCUUUAGAACGUCCUGGGUUAUUUUUUUCGUCAAUAGAUGCCGUUUGCUCAGGUUGGGAGAGCUCGAAGAGGUCGACCGAUCAACAAACAUACGAGUACCUCACCAGUCUUCUCCGGUCACCAGGAUUACUCGAUGGUCCGGGUGAAUUGGAGUCCCUAGCAUUUAGUAUUGCUCUCAAAGAAGCUCAGCCUAAAAUCGAAGCUUUCCGAGUGUGGUAUGCCUCACUCCCCUCGAACCUUACCGGCCAAUCCGAAACUCAAGCUUCAGAAUCAGAUGAUUGCAAAAGCUGGACGUUGAUCAACAAUUCAAGAAUUUGUGACACUUCAAAGCUCUCUGAAUUAUUAGACUCCAAUGAUCCAUCCGAAAAAAUUCAAUCGCAACCUCAAGUUCUUCCUUUCGAUCAUCAGCAGGGCCAGUCACAUGAAAACGCACGUUUACCAAUCGCAAUCCUGUAUGCCUCCCCGGACCCCAGCUCCUUUUGUCCUUUUCAUCAAGUGCUACACAAAGCUUCGAAGGAGCUUCCCUCUAAGGCCACUUACAUCUUUCGAUGGAAAAUACCCUCUGCACCAUCGUCCUCAACAAAGUCUCAAUCGGCCAGUCUUUUGAGUGGAUGGGGUGCUAGCUUAGAUAUCAAAAAGUCAGAAUACUUGACGUUGGAUGACCGCCCCGUGGAAUCCUCCUCCAGUGACGAUCCACAACUGAUACUCGAUGGUACAAAACAACCAGCUGGAAGGGAGAGCCAAGUCGAUUCUGAACCGGCCAAGCUGAAGCCAUUGAAGGCAGCCGAGAUCUUUGACAUAGGCGCCAAGGCUACUCAGCAUGUUCUUUCAUCACCCUCGCCUCUAACAGCUUUACGGCACUUGACCGAAGAUUUUCCAUUGAUUGCACACACUUUGGUGAAUGAAUGGGUGCCUGGAAGAAUCUCGAGAGAGCUCAGAUUAGAGCUUAAAGAAAACAUGGAAGAUGGAAUUCCCCCGGGUCGGUCUGUUGUCUGGAUGAACGGACUUCAACUCUCGUCCCUGGUCUCUCUGGAAAACCUCAACUUAUUCAAGCUGGUCGAAAUCAUGAGAAACGAACGUCGUUGGAUUACCUCUUUGACUUCCUUAGGAAUCAAUUCACUUCAAGCUCGGAAGUUGAUUGUCGAUGAGAAGUUAAACUCGGCUAUGAACCCAGAAGCGGCAUCUGCCUCGGCAAGUGGGGAAAUGGAUGCCAGCUCGUUGGGCGCAAGAUUCGAUGCCAGUGAUCGGCAAGAAGGUGGAGGAGCUAUUAUUUGGUUUAAUGACCUGGAGAAGGAUGAAAGAUAUUCGAUGUGGCCUACUACCUUACGAGCGAUUCUUCGUCCAACUUUCCCUGGUCAAUUACAUCCCAUCGGUCGUAAUUUAAUCAAUGUUGUCUUAGGUCUUGACCUUACCCAGACCCAAAAUCUUCACAAUUUGGGCCAUGUGAUCGAAGUUUUUAUUGCACGUAGUUUGCCCAUCCGAUGGGGUGUCGUCCCAAUCCCUACAAAGAACCCAUCCCAGGCAGAAAAAAUGUCAAGAUCUUUCUGGAAUAUGAUUGAGGCUUUAGGGCCGAUUGAGACCCUAAAAUUUAUCAAAGAGUUCACGCAAGAUUUGGAGCCGGAAUCAGGAGCGAUAGAUGUUGAGAAAUUUAUCUCAAAGGCUAACCAAAGUGUGCUCUCGGCCGAAGAGGAAUCGCCAGAAGAUCCCCAGUCGAAGGAAGAGAGGUUUCAAGUCUGGCUGACUAAGUCUCAACUGUAUUCUUCAAGAUUAUCGUUGUGUUCGAAUGAUCACAGUCUUCCAGCUUGUAUGAUGAUCAACGGGCGUUUUUUCCCUAUGGAGGAGAAUUAUCGAACUCAUCUUCAAGAGACGGCAACACUUCAUACCGGAUUUAUACAACAUCAAGUGUAUUUCAACUUGCUGAAGGAUGAUGCUAAUGUGGCGGAGUACCUCUAUGAUCUUCCCUUAGUCCAUCGAGCACGGAACGACCUGGUGUUCCCAUCUGAAGCCAGACCAUUGCAAUUUGUUGAUCUGGUCGAGGCUCUUCAAUCUUCCGAUGCUCUUGCGGCCAAUGUGUUUUUCCGGAAUGAAGCUGCGCCUGUGAAGAAUGGUGAUCCGCGGCCCAUUGCAUCCUUGUGGGUGGUUGGAAAUCUCGAUUCCAAUACCGGGAUGUCUGCCGUUGCAGCCGCGUUGGGCUUGCUGAUGAAACCGUUUCCCAAUGUUUCUACUCAAGUAUCCUUUGUUCACGUACCUUCGGACGACACCGAGAUCUCGACGGAGAUAUCGACCGAUUUAAGCGCACUUAUCACAACUUCCGAUGUUCAAAAGAUAACCAUCCAGGAUUUGCUUGACAAACUUAGUGGUCAUGGACAUCAAGCUAUGACUUCAGAUGACGGGGACUCAACCAAGACGGAGAAAAACUCGGAGUUGGUCUUGAAAAAGAUACAGACAAAAGCAUCAGAUCUGCCCAACAUAAAAAACCGCGCAUGGUUUGGCGCUCAAGAGUUUGGAAAGGCCAUUGGCGCUAAAAGAGAUGGCAUCGCAAUCGUCAUCAACGGCCGGCUUUUACAAGUCUCUUCUACCUCGAAGUUACUCAGCGAAGAUCUGGUCCUACUUGUUGAGUAUGAAACUCAGCAGCGCAUUAACCCAUUGAUGGAAGCGUUAAAGAGUCUUGAAGAAUUUGACGUAAAACAACAUCAUGCCAAUCUUCCGUUGAUUAUGUCGACGGUCGGUUUUGUCUUGGUGGGCUCAAACGAUGGCUCCACUCAAACCUCCUCCUCUGAGGCCCGCUCUGAUAAACAUCUGGCUCGCAAUGGUGUCCAUUCAUCCUAUCAACACGGUGAUGAAGCAAAGGCAUUAUUUGAUUUCAGCGUGGUCUUGAAUCCCACCAGUGAAGCUGCACAGCGAUGGUCAGCGCUGUUGGAUACAUUAUCUCACCGUUCAGAUGUCGCGAUGAAAGUUUGGUUCAAUCCCUCUUUGGAGGUUAGCGAGCUCCCGAUCAAACGUUUCUUCAGAACAGCUAUCUCAAACUCUUUAGAGUUCGACAAAAAUGGGCGCGUCAUCCCAGCGCUUGUCAACUUCCACGGUAUCCCAACAGAGACACUAUUCACAUUGGCCAUAGAUUCCCCACCGGCCUGGCUCGCUCUGCCCCAUGAUUCCAUUCAUGAUCUCGAUAAUAUUAUGCUUUCGGAGCUCCCACCUGCUUACAGUUCACAGGGAGUCGAGGCCAUCUUUCAACUGGAACAUAUCAUCUUAGCUGGGCACGCGCGUGAGGUGCCGAGUGAUAUACCCCCAAGAGGCUUGCAAAUAGUCUUAUCAGACCUGCUCAGAAAUCAAGAGGUCGACACGAUCAUUAUGGCUAAUCUGGGUUACUUCCAAUUCAAAUCUGCACCGGGAAUACAUCGAUUGUCUAUCCGUCCAGGAAGAAGUCUGGAGCUAUAUCAGUUCGAAAAGACUGAUUCUUCAGCGGACGGGAACGAUGAAUCUCACCAGCUUUUAUCCUUGACCACUUUCAACGGCUUGACUAUCUAUCCUCGGGUCCGGAAACGUCCUGAUAAAAUAGGCGAAAACUUGAUCCAACCGCUUUCGACCUCUCCGACCACCUCCAAAAAAGGCCCUGCUGCCGAAUUUUCCAAGCUCAUGGGUCAGAAUCAAGGAAUUGAUCUCGCCAACGGAGCUUCACGAUCAGUCAUCAAUGUGUUUACAGUUGCUUCAGGAUUGUUAUACGAGCGUAUGGCGUAUCUGAUGUGUGUCAGUGUCAUGCGACACACCCAAAGCCCGGUGAAAUUUUGGUUCAUCUCCAACUUUCUUUCACCGUCCUUCAAGAGAUUCAUUCCUCACUUGGCUCGAGAGUAUGGCUUUGAUUAUCAAUUGGUCACUUAUCGUUGGCCAUCCUGGUUACGCGCCCAAAAGGAGAAACAGAGGGUGAUCUGGGGUUAUAAAAUUUUGUUCUUGGAUGUCCUUUUUCCCUUAGAGGUAGAUCGAGUGAUCUUUGUCGACUCAGAUCAGAUUGUCCGGACUGAUUUGAAAGCUUUGGUCGACCUUGAUCUGGGAGGAGCUCCCUAUGCAUAUGCACCAAUGUGUAAUGAUAGGAAUGAGACCAAGGGAUUCCGAUUUUGGGACACUGGAUAUUGGAAAGAAAGUCUUCAAGGCCGACCUUACCACAUCAGCGCUCUGUACGUCGUGGACUUGAGAGUUUUUCGAACCGUGGCUGCUGGUGAUCAAUUGCGACAGCAUUAUCAAGCGCUUUCUGCUGAUCCUGGAAGCUUGGCUAACCUCGACCAAGACCUUCCUAAUAAUAUGCAAGGAAUCUUACCGAUAUUCACCUUGGAUCAAAGUUGGCUAUGGUGUGAGACUUGGUGUUCGGACGAAGGUUUGAAGACGGCUAAGACGAUAGAUUUAUGUAAUAACCCAUUGACGCAUGAACCGAAGCUGAAGCGGGCUCGACGACUGAUUCCAGAAUGGGACGCCUAUGAUCAAGAGGUUGCAGCUUUGGCGGCAAGGAUUAAGAAGAAUAAUCAGGGCGAUUUGGCGGCGAAGAUUACUGUCCAGGCUGGCCAGAAAAUCGAAGAUGAUCAGGAUCUUUCAUCCGACCCUCUUUCAGAGUCAGAUCAUCUCGAGAAGGAGCAGGAGGAUGUUAUGCUUGACUCUUCUGGCCUUAAUCAAGAAAAUCCUUCGACUCUUCUUGAUAAAGAAGGUGUCAGUAGAGAUGAGCUAUGA